AUGAAGUCUUUCACGCUCGCGACUGCCCUCGCCUACGCGGGUGGCGCUGCAGCCUUCUGGCGCAUGCCAUGUCGUUCCGAGACUGGCUUUGCUCGUAUUGAUCCGUUGGUCGACCCCGGUGACAUCGCUGACCAUGUUCAUACCAUUACUGGUGGCGGAAACUUUGGCCCGGAAACCACUUUCGAACAGCUCACUGCCCCCGGCUCAUGCACCUCGUGCGCCGUCAAGCAAGACCACUCCGCCUACUGGACGCCGGCGCUUUACUUUCAACAUGCCAACGGCACUACGGUCAUGGUUCAGCAGGUCGGUGGUAUGCUUGCAUACUACCUUUACUACCUUGAUAACGUAAAGGCCUUCCCAGAGGGCUUCGCCAUGAUCGCUGGACGUCCAGAGUACCGAAACUUCACCGGCCCGUUCCCAGAUGAGGAGUUGAGCCUGUGGCCAACCGACCCAACCAACCAGUUCUUCCUCGAACAGCGCGCUCUCGGCUUCAACUGCCUCAACUACCAGAGAGAUCCCGAAGCCUCCCUGUACCGCCACCAGUUCCCCGACAAGAGCUACAUGGACUCCAACUGUGUGGACGGUAUGCGUUUGGAGCUUGCUUUCCCAAGCUGUGGAAAGAAGGGUGUCCUUGACUCAGAGGACCAUCGCUCGCACGUUGCAUACCCAAGCUUGGUGAAGGAGGGUAACUGCCCCGAUGGUUUCGAUGUCCACUACCCAUUCCUGUUCUUCGAGACCAUUUGGGCCACCAACGAAUUCGCUGGUGUGGACGGUCAGUUCGUGCUUUCCACCGGAGACCCGGUUGGCACAGGCUACCACGGUGACUUCAUCAUGGGCUGGGAAUCUGAGGACUUCCUUCAGAGCGCUCUCGACACUUGCAAGAACCCAUCUGGUCAAAUCGAGGACUGCGCUCUGUUCACAAUCCAGAAGGAUGCCGAUGCUGAUGAGUGCUUCUUUGACGUUCCUGAGCAUCUCAAGAAGGACAACUGCCACGGUCCACGCGACGGUCUCCCAGUCGGCGUGCCCGUUCAGUACGGGCCAGAGCCAGCCACCAAGUACCCAGUUCCAGGUCGCCAGGGCAAAGCAACCACUGCCAUCUCGCACACAUCGGCACCUCCAACUUACUCGCAGUCUGCUGCUCCAUACUCACCUGCCGACCCAGAAAAGACCAAGACCGCCGAUGCUGGCAUUAUCCAGGGCGCCGCAUCUGCAGUUAACGACAUUCUGGGCCAUGGCGCAAAGCCCUCCACCACAAGUUCUUGCAGCUCAAGCACCAGCUCGAGCUCUAGCUCCAAGAUCACCCAGGCGCCAGCCUACUCCUCCGCCAGUAAGCACGACAACAUAUUUCUCUACCAAUACCUUCCAGAUUGGCUUUCCAUCAUGGGAUCGCCACCUUAUCAACAGCUCCCAAUCACCCACAAAGACUUUACCAAGCGAUGCCCCAUCGCUCAUGGGACAAGACGAUGUCGCAACAUGCGCUCCUGCGACUACGAGAGCCAUAAGAAGGCGAACCCCAAUGGCUCGAAAGAGGUGGAGUAUCUCAUCCAUAACCUUACAGGUCGUGCUGGCGAGCUCAGCCUGGAGACGCGCCGGACGAUGACGAGACGGUUGCAUGAGUUGAGUGAUUGCAAUAAGCACUUGGAUGCGGUAUGCGUGGAGGAGAGUGUCAAGAGGACGCUGGAGCAGUUGGAGAGGGCGGAGAGGUUCAUUGCUUCGACCACAGCUGUCAUAGCUGUCGACCACCCUCGAGUGAAUCUUGCUCCAAUUAUCCAACAGCGAGAAACACCUCCCGUCCACUUCGCCACCGUUACGGGACCUCCAACUCCUCCAGAGAGUGCGCGAUCUUCCCUGGAAUCCGCUGAAGCCACUACUCCUCCCCGUCCAUCGACCGCCGAGCAAGCUCGAGGCUUCUGGGGCGUGCCACCACCCAUCACUGCCACUCCACGCUCCCUCAAGACCAAGCCACAGCCACUACUCCAAACACCACUCCGCACCGGCAACCACCCAGCCUCUCCAUCAGCAUCACCUCCACCACCCCCCGCACCAGCACCACGCCGCUGCACCACCGGCCCACUCCCCACCAACACUGCAGCCCUCUUCACCACAGUCCCCCCAGUCCCAUCCGCGGAGCCAGCUUUCCUGCCUUACCCCAUCCGCAUCGGGCAACUCGAGGCUGAGAACAGCCGGCUGAGGGAGGAACUCACCCAGGCGAACCGCAGAGCCGAGACGGAGCGGGAUAUCGCCAAAGCGGCGAGACGCGCGGCGGAAAUGUGGAAGAAGCAUUAUGAGAGCAAACAACCCCCCCCCCCCCCCCACGAAAAAGCCAUAACAGAGCCCAGUCCUCCAUCAUCCCCAACCCCCAUCCCCUCCUUCCCAACCCACCAUGUCCUCCCAGAAUCUUCCUCCAACAAGCCCAAGUGA